GUACUUGUUCCAAAUAUAUAAUUGUUACAAGCGACAUAAAGCUCUUGUGAAAUUUUGACAAACAGUGACGUGAGUUUAUUAAAAAUUUAUAAACAAUAUGGAGUUGUAUGACCAACAUGAUGAUGGACCUGGAUUUGUAGGAAUAAAAUUCUGUAAAGAAUGCAACAACAUGUUGUAUCCAAAAGAAGACAAAGAGAGCCGGAAUCUUUUAUAUGCGUGCAGAAAUUGUGACUACCAGCAGAUUGCAGACAAUCCUUGUAUUUAUGUGAACAAGAUCACUCAUGAAGUUGAUGAGUUGACCCAGAUAAUUGGUGAUGUUAUAGCUGAUCCAACUUUGCCACGCACAGAGCAACAUCCCUGUCCAAGAUGCAGUCAUAAAGAAUCUGUGUUUUUCCAGUCACAUAGUACAAGAGCACUGGAGGGAAUGAGACUUUACUAUGUAUGCACCAAUCCACAGUGUGUUCAUAGAUGGACUGAGUAAAUGUGUGAGCUAAUGAAAACAUUUUGGAAUGUAUUAACAUUCAUAAAUGAUUCUUUGUGACAUUUUACAACAGUAAAUGUGUAUCAGCAACAAUGCUCUUUUUCUUAAAGUGUAAUAUAACUUUAGUUGUGUUUAUCAUCAGAGAUUUUCAAAUACAAGGGCUGUAUUUUAGAGAAAAAAUCCAGAUUGUAUUGAAAGCAUAACUUUUUACUAUAAAAUUGUUUUUAAUUUUAUUUCAGCUAUUAGACAAAUGGAUAUGAAUCGUGUUUAGAUAUGUUGUUUUUCCUAAGAGAGCAAUUAUCAAACAUAAAUUGGUCAACAUGUUUCUGUUAAUUGAACAUGUAGCAGUAUGACAAAUCUUUUUUAUGAUACUAUAUUAUAAACAAGUGUAAUGGAUAAUUAUGUUCAAGUAUGUAAAUUUGUCUGUAAAUAAAUCAUUCAUCAUAAAA